ACGAAAUGCAUCAACAUUUUCAGCGAGAUUGUAUAGAAAUUACCAGCAUUCCAGUAACCUCUGAUGACAACCCAAAGCAGUUAACCAUAGAGUUGGGAGAAUUGAUGGGUAUAUCAAACAUUUCUGAACAUCACAUAUCAAUAGCUCACAGACUACCAUCUACAAGAAAUGUUAAGGAUCGGUUGAUAGUUAAGUUCGUGCAUCAGGAAAUGAGAGAUGAGUUUUAUCAAAGAAGAGGCACAUUAGCCGGUAAAACAUAGAAUUGACUUGCCACUGAUAUCACAUUAAUUCGACCAAAGCACUACAUCUACAAGACCUACUAAAAUUCACAUUAAAGUGCCCCUAAUGCUUCAAAUUGUUCUUUGAAUUCAGCUUUUGAUGGUUCGGGGCCAUUGUAUUUUGUAAAACAAAGAGCCUGGGUCUAGCCUGUUUUCUGACGUCAUCCAAGAUAGUCGGCAUUUAGCCUUGAUAUAUAAUAGAAAACUCUGAACUUGUAAAAAAUUUGGAUGACGAUUUCAGCUUUGAGGAAUUAAAUGUUGGCCUAGCUUACAGCGAUGAACCUUUGGCCGACGAAGAAUGGUUGGCAAAACAACAGGCUAAAAAAGAACGGUUAGAAAUAGAAGAGAAGCUAUGUAAAAGGCUAGAUGGUUCUUGUCGAACUAAGCGAGUGGGAAGUAUCAACAUAAUUAUAGUAAAUGAAGAUUAAAAAUGAUUUGUUUUCGAGUCAUGUAUUAUAAACGUGAAUCUAUCCAACUUUAAUAGUUUUUUCCUUGCCUUUUUUCACAUGUGUAAGUGUGGGAACUGUGGCAUUGAACUUCUAACUAAUGGCAACAAAUGUUACUGCUGCUGUGAGCUUGAAGGCUGUGAAGAAGCGAUGAACUGCAAGGAAGUGAUAAAAGAAGUCAAAGGUGUACAAAAUGCAAAGUGUGUUACACAACAUCCAGGAUUCAGUCCCGUAUGGUUACAAAAGUGGAGUUUGAAGCAAGCUUCAGACAGAUAUAAAACGAAAAAUAAAGACAAAUAUAAACAAAUAGCAGCACAGGAAAGGUUAGAUAAUUAA